CAGAACCGGCGCGUCCAAUUGACAGUGCGACCGUCGACACAGCGCAUGCGCCGCGCGUACUGCGAAAAUGGCCGGCGCGAAGUUUACGCGCGAAACCGAAAAAAUAUUUUACGAGAGUAAAAGUGAAAAUUAUUUAAGAAAAUAAACUAUUAAUUGUAAUUAAUAUUGUUUCUACCAAAGAAUGGUUUGUUUGCAAUUAUGAAACGAUUAAAAUGUGCUCGCAAUCGGAUUGUUACAAAGUGAUAUUGUUAGUGAUAUUAGUUUUGGUACGGAAUGUUGAUUGUAGGAGUACGACUGAUAAGUUUAAAAAAAUCAGUGCAGUGCAACAUGCGGGGAGCAAUUUCCGGAGUCUGGAUAAAACCACAACUAGCAAGGAACAGGGUAGAGGAUUUUUCUUCGGAGGAGGCCUACUAUCCCUGGGCAAGGUGCUCAACUUCUUCCCAGUGGGAGGAGAACGGGAGUGCCAGCCCGAGGGUCCAGGGAUCGCGAAGGCUGGCAUCUGCAUCAACCAGUACGACUGUCGCCAGCGAGACGGCCGGGCUGCGGGGGACUGCGCACAGGGACUUGGCGUUUGUUGUGUGUUCGAGGUAUCGUGCGGUGGCUCGGUGCAGAAUAACCUGACGUACUUCAUGUCUCCCGGCUUCCCCGAGCUGUGGAGCGGCGAGGAGGAUUGCACCAUCAACAUUGAGAAGACCCAUGCCGGCAUCAUGCAGCUCAGGAUUGAUUUCCUGCAUUUUAGUAUUGGUCAACCAAACAGGACUACGGGAGAAUGCGAUGAAGAUGCCAUGAUCUUAGGGGAUGGAGACAGCAAGUUUAUCUUGUGUGGCCAGAACCAUGGACAACACGUAUACCACACACUGUCAACCGGCAGCGAGAGACGAGAAGCCGAUGACUUACCAGGCACGAAGAACAUCAAGCUAACACUGCGCAUGCGUGGUGCUGAAAUGCCGCGCAUCUGGCUCAUGCGCCUCGCACAGAUGCCGCUAGCUAAUACCGCACCGCAUCACUGUUUGCAGUAUUAUACUAGUGAUAAUGGUACAAUAAGAACAUUCAACUACGCGUCCAACGGUCGUCACCUGGCCAGCCAGGAGUACAAGGCCUGCAUCCGACGUAACGCGGGACGCUGCGCCGUGCGGUACGCGCCGUGUGACUCGCGGUCAUUCAGGAUAGGGCCCGGGAGUGGCACUCCCGAUGUUAUUGAUCCUGCUGACAUGAUGCAACAAGAAGAAAUGAUGCCAGUUGAAACUCAACCACAAGAAGAUGAAAUGGAAGGUUCUGGAAACGAGCCUCAAAUGGACCCAGAUCCUGAGCAACCCACUCUUAUGUCCAGGAUCUGGACGUAUAUCUGGUCUUGGAUGUGGGGCCAGGCUCGCUCCUACCGCUGGUCUCCGUACGAGCAACACUAUGGCAGCGACGGCGAUAGGUACCGGUACUUCGGGUACGGGAACUAUGGGAUCGGACUGACGGGCCACGGGAGGCAAAGGUGUGCUGACAGGGUUACUAUACCUUGUGAGAGCGAGUAUUUUAUUUCGAGCACAUAUUUCGGCGCUGGAGUCUGCGAUCCUCACCACUGUGGCAACACAUUUUGCCCGGGUCGUUCCCCACACGACUGUCACGUUGAGACCUCCGUCGCGCCCUUCGCCGUCUCCGUGCACUUCGGGCCCCCAACCAUCAAGAGGAACCCGGAGGAAAAUAUCGGCAUGUGCUUGAGGUACUCGCAGUUGCCUUGUGAUUCUUAAAUAGAGUGUGUA